AUGCUUACUGUGUUAGGCUUUACCUUGCUGCUGAUGCUCAGGGUGGAUGCAGCCAUGCACCAUCUCCUAGUACCCUCGUAUAAUGCCUCUGCUAUAUACACCUUUCAGCUGGAUGAUGAGACGGAUCAGUUGACUCUUCUUCAUAAUAAUACAGCGACAGCAGGUGGCGCUUGGAUUGCUCUGGACGAAUCCAGAAAAUUCGCAUACCAUACUGCGUGGACCGAACCGAACGAUACGCUCGCUGCGUACAAGAUCAAUGAUGAUUUCAGCGUCACUCACAUCAAUAGCGUUGACGCGUGCGGGCCCCCAGGCCUUCGUCAUCCCGUUGCAUCUGCAUCUGCGGGUGGGCGAAACACGUCUGUUGUCUACGCAGCGGACUUCUAUUCUCCCUGCGCGAUUGCGUACGAACGUCUCGACGAUGGCUCUAUUGGAGCCCACCUGCAGACCAUUGCAUUUGGCCGUCUAUCUCGAACACAUGAUAUCAAGUUCUCGCCUGAUAGAUUGCAAGCGUACGUCGCAGAUCUCGGAGGGAACCAAAUUUACACCUUUGACAUUGCGGAGAAUGGGACGCUCACUAUCGUUGGCACUACGGCUUCGAGCAAGGUAGGGGCCAAUACGCGCCACCUUGCUCCCCACCCCAAUGGAAAAUUCUUGUAUUCUAUCAACGAGGAGGGGUAUACGUCGGACGUCUUCCUUGUGAAUAAAAGCACCGGCGUGCCCACGUAUAGUUUCACGACCCUUCCUGCAGUCCCUAAUGGCAUCAAUGAAACAGACCACUGGUCAAAUGAGGUCCAGAUAUCUUCAGACAACAGGACCUUAUACUUGUCUGAUCGGUCUCACACCACCGGUGGACCAGGUUAUAUCACCGGCUAUGCGCUCGAUACUGAGGGAUGGGUUGAGAGACAACUGUUUCAAUUCCAGACUCCUAAUGGGGGAGGUAUCUCUAAUAUUAUUGCUGCCAGUCCAUGGAGCGAUAACAGCAAGGACCUCGUCACACUCUCUUCGAAUGAUCAGACGAUCAACGGGUCGUUCGUCGCUGUGUACAGAUUAAGAGACGAGAAUCUAUUGAUGGUGUCAAGAAUCAACAUCACUGAUGACCCGUCUUGCUGUGGACCGGUCCUAUGGGUUGAUUAA